UAAAGUAAUUUAAUCAUUCUCUUAAACCUCUGGAGAUAAAUGUCACUCCCUUAAAUAAAAAUGCACAUGAGCAUUUGUUGUAAAGGGUGUUUUUUAAGGUUUAGAGUUUUUAUUGAAAACAAAAGUCACAGAAAAAAUGAGUGAUUUGAACAAUCCCACACCAUCCCACAGUCAGUAAUGAUCUACAUAUUGUACGCUGAAAUGUGUACGAAGUGCAAAAACAUUUGCAUGGCCAUUUGGCAGAGUAUUCGGUGUGUUUUCAUUAAUUUCAAGUACAUGUACUUACUCUGAUUAUAUGCCUCUGACCACGCACCCUUUAUUUAUGUAUUUGUAAACAUAUGUGCUAACAUACCCUAGGGAGCAUGUUAUUUAUGAGUAAAAUUAAAACAAAUAUCGAAUGUCCGAAAAAAUAUAUUUAACGUUCAUAUAUAUGUAUGUACAGUAUAAACCGAACAAAAAUAAAUCGUUAGAGUUAGAGGAUAACUAAUGAGAAAAUACUUUUGGCUUUAGUAUAAUAUCAUGAAUUUCGAAAACUUAUUACAGCUUAAAGUUAAAAGUUUGCUUAACUUAAUCUGAAUGUACCUGCUGGGUGUGUUCAAGCGUAAACAUACAUACAUACAGUAUGUAGAGUAUGUAUGUUUGGUAUGUGGCAUGGAUUGGUCGUAUCAACUGAUCGUGCUUGCUUGAACCAGAGAACGUUUUACAUUCUCUACUUGAACACAGUUGAACGCGAUCACUGGAACAGAUCAAACGCACUGGAAAACAAAAAAAUAAAAUUCUUCCAGGGACAGCUGUACCUUUUUUCUUCUCUCAACUAGUGACAUGGCCGAAGAUCGCGAAUUGAUUGCAAAGUAUGGUAAGCCGAUGCCGUAUGAUAGGAAUUUCCGCGGACCAGAAUGGCGAAAUCGAAGUUGCACAGAUGUACCGUGUCUGCUGAUUUUUAUCCUAUUUUUAGGCGGAUGGGGUUUUAUUGCACAAUAUGCAGUGCGCAAUGGAGAUCUCAAUAAAUUGGUUGUGCCAACGGACUCAUUCAAUCGUAAAUGCGGAAUCGAUUCAUCGGUAUUGGACAAAAAGUAUUUAUUUUUUUUCGAUUUGGGAAAAUGCAUCGAUCCAGUUGUACCUCUUACGGGCUGCCCGACACAACAAGUAUGUGUAGAAAGCUGUCCCACACAGACUUUUAUCUGGGAUAGAAUGAAGAAUAAUCUCCCACUUGCUGAAUUAAGGAAGCGUUUGAUAUGUCUGAGUGAUGUAGACAAAGACAAUCUUCGAACCUUAGACAACAUGCAAGCAGCCAUUGACCAAGAACGAUGUGCGCGUGGAUAUAUGAAGAGUGCCCCAUUUUUGAAUCGUUGUAUGUGGGAGCUUUCUCCUGAGUUGUGUGAACUAAUACCCUCCUUCCUAUUGCCUCGUAAUAGACGCGAGGUAAAUGAGUCACAAAAUGCUAGCUGGGUGGUUGGUGAAACAGGAAAACUUUUCGAUACGUUAUUGGGUGAUAACUCAAAUUUGUUGGAAAUGAGAUUGGAAGCGCUCGCCUUGACAACAAUACCUGAAUCUAGUGAUAAAUCGAAGCAACAGCUCGCUGAAGAACCCAUGAUACAAUGCCGUCGUCGUACUGAGCAAGCCGAAACUAUCAAGCAAAAGGUACGUCAAGCUGACACGCGCCUGGCCAAGUUGGUAGGUAAUAUGGUUGCACACUUCUACAAUGGAACACAUGAUGCACAACAGCUUGGGGAAGAGAUAGUGGAAGAUAUUAUGAACUCAUGGUUAAUUGUUCUGAUGGCUUUAAUGUGCACUUUGGUUGCUUCUUUGAUUCUGAUCGCCUUAAUGCGAUGGUUCGCUGCCCCGAUUUUGUGGUUAUCUAUUCUAGGUGUUUUGGUCGGACUUGGCUUUGGAAUUUAUUACAGCGUUAAGCAGUAUCGUUUUUGGCACGAAACCGCAUCUGUACCCAACCAUUCGAUUAACUUGGAGGCAGCGGUAAAGAAUAUAUUUCAAGACGCUAACACUUGGCUGUAUUUAAGCAUAUUUUUAAGCAUCAGUUUUGUAAUUAUUCUACUCAUGGUAAUUAUUCUACGUACGCGCAUCAACAUAGCGAUUGCGUUGACAAAGGAAGGUAGUAAAGCGGUGUCAAGCAUUAUAUCAACUGUGUUUUUCCCAAUCUUUUCGUGGAUCCUUUUUAUUUUGGCUGUUAGUUUUGCGGUUGCAGUUGGUCUUUAUCUAGGCACAAUUGGUAACCCAUCUUUCCGUAUGAUACGUCAAUUGGACCCUAACAGCGCUACAGGUGUUUCAAGCGAGAUUUGUGAAUGUAUAGGUGCGGCAAGCGAAUAUAAAGUAGGAGGACAUUGUGACCCUAAAAUUUUUGAACAGAACUGCUUCACUAAUAUCGAUCAGCACAUCCCUUGUAGACAAACCUCUUGUAGCUUCGCUGAAAUUGAGCAUCCGCCGUUUGUGACAUGGUCCAUAUGUUACAAUGUGUUCGGUUUCUUUUGGUUGACAUUCUUUAUUGCGGCCUUUAGUGAUAUGGUAUUGGCACUUACUUUCGCUACUUGGUACUGGACCUUUAGGAAGCGGGAGGUGCCAUUCUUUACACUAGGGCGGGCUUUCCGUCAAACCAUCUUCUAUCAUCUCGGCACUUUGGCGUUUGGCUCGUUAAUUCUUGCUGUGUGUCGCAUGAUACGCUUGGCUUUGGAAUAUAUCGAUUCUAAACUGAAGAAGUACGACAAUUCUGUAACGCGAGCCAUACUGUGCUGCAUGAAAUGCUUUUUUUGGUUACUUGAAACUUUCUUACGAUUUCUGAACCGCAAUGCGUACAUCAUGUGUGCUAUACACGGCAAGAAUUUUUGUACAAGCGCCAAAGAUGCUUUCAAUUUGAUUAUGCGUAACUUUUUGAGAGUAAUUGCCGUUGAUAAAGUCACUGAUUUCUUGUUCUUUUUAUCGAAAGUAUUAUUAACGGCUGCUGCUGGCGUUGGUACCUACUUCUUUGUGGUACGUAGUCCACAUUUAAUACAACUGCAUUAUAAUGCGGUGCCAGUAACGAUUGUUGUGUUAGCGGCUUUUAUUAUGACAACCGUCUUUUUUGGCGUCUACUCUAUGGCGGUGGAUACGCUCUUCCUGUGUUUUCUGGAGGACUGUGAACGCAAUGAUGGCUCGGCAGAAAAGCCUUUCUAUAUGUCGAAACAGUUAAGGCGAAUAUUAGGCAAAAGAAACCAGUUACCACGUCCAAUGAGUAGUAGUUAAGAAACAACCUUUACAAUAGGAGUGCACAAAGGAGCUUGAAGUUGACCACCAUACUAUUGGUUAGUGGACAAAUCUAUAGCGUAGACAUUUUAUGAAUAUUAUAUAUAUUUUUAUAAAUAUACCGGCUUUGUUAAUAUUCGUGUCAGUGGACAUAAAAGAUGGAAAGUUUUUGAAAAACUGGAAAAAGGUUGUGUGAAUACCAAUGGCAAUAUAAUCUAAUUACAUAAAUAUAUAUAUAUACAUAUAUACUCAAAAGAAUUUGUUAAGAAAAAAUGCAAUAAGAAAUAUAAUGUUGUGCUUUAAGUAUAUAGACACAUACACAUACAUCAAUAAUUUCGUUUCAAAUAAUUAUAAACCAUUAUUCAUACUUAAAAUAAUAAGUUAAGAAAAAAUGCAAUAUGAAAUUUAAUGUACACACUUUAUAUACAUAUGUAUAUAGAUACCAUAUAUUUACCUGGUACACCUACAUAAUAACGUUACAAAUAGUUACAAACAAAAAUAUUUUCUUUUAUAAUAUUAUAAGAAAAAAGACAGAAUGAAAAACAAUAAUGAGUAAGUUUAAUUAAACGUGGUAGUCUUACCUACCAUCGUUCCUGGGUGCUUGAUUCAAGUGAUUUUUUAUGCGAUUUUGCUCAUAGUGAUUUAUUGAAAUAUAUACAUUUACAAUCCAUCUAUGUAUGCCAAAAUAUUUAUUAAAGCGAACUUAUUGUUACAUAUAAGAUUAAACAUUUACAAAUCACCUUAUUUAUAUUAUAUUUUUUAUGAAAGUAAAUAAACGAUACAUUUCUACACAUAUGCAUGUGCAUACAUAUGUAUACAUAUAAAAGGCGAAAAGGUGUAGAGGUAAAGUUUUCUUGAUUUAUUUUGUUCAUAUUAAUGAAUACGUUCCGGAAAUUAUUAAACGCAUUAACCUUGGAAAUUAAUUAAAAGAAAUUAAAACGUUGCGUGCAAUCGCAUUUCUUCAAAAUUUUUGCUCAACAAUUUCAAAUGAAUAUACUGAAAUCACUACUUACUUAUUGACUAGACUGAGUAGAGAGUGUAAACUAAAGAAGUCUGAAAAUUUUGCUUAUUACAGGUUAAAUAAGUAAUUAACACACAUGUACAUGAAUAAUCAUAUACUUUUUAACGUAUUUACUUUAUGUACUAAUUUCGCACAAGAUAUUUAUUAUGUUCUGAAUUCAUAAAAAAUAAACCAGAAGACAAUGUAAUUUUUGUGUACUUAAUAAAUAAAAAUUAAGGAAUUGAAUUAAGAAAGCUUCUCUGCGAAAAGAGCCAUGUGAGUAAAAUAUAACACGUAUGUAUUUGUAAAAAAUAAAUAUAAUAGUAUUGUACAUAAUUAACGAUUGAAUAAUUUUAAUAUCCGAUUCUAUAUGAAUACCAAAUACUCGUACAACCAUCUGGUGGGUACCAAGUUCUUUAAAAUUCUACAAACUAUUGUGAAUGGGUAAAUUUUUAUUGUUACUGGUGGAACUGGCAUGUUGAUUUUGCUAAUUUUCUUGAGAAUAGAAAACAUUGUAAAGUGUAAUUAAAACAAAAGGUAAACAUGAUUAUUCCAAUUCGUUGCUUCACAUGUGGUAAAGUAAUUGGUAACAAGUGGGAGUCGUAUUUAGGACUUUUACAAGCCGAAUACACGGAAGGUGAUGCUUUGGAUGCUCUCGGUCUCAAACGAUAUUGUUGCAGACGUAUGUUAUUGGGACAUGUUGACUUAAUUGAAAAAUUAUUGAAUUAUGCGCCUUUGGAAAAGUAGAUUUGUUUGGAUGGAGCACAUUUUUUCACAUCUUACCUUUUUGAAUUAGAAUAAAAUAUGUAUAGCUUUUAGCAACGAUUUAUUAAAUAUAUAUGUCUUAUCAAUUUGUAAAAA